AUGAAUCUGUGACCCAUGGCCAUGAUCGAUCCAACCAAGGGCAAGGAUAGCCGUUGAUAUCAAUGGCAAUCCGGUGAGGUCUUCGAGCAAUGGGUUGUUGAUCGCCCAUGUCCGUUCAUUCCGGUGGCCGUGGAUCUGCUCGGUGCCGCCCUUAAGGAAAAAACCAUUCACUCGCGAACGCGGAGAUGGAGUCCUUUGAAAAUUUGAGGAUUCCGGCAAUGGAGUUAGCAACGAGUUUGAGAACUGCUGUCUGUGAUGAAGGUGAGUUCCUGUAGAUGCGAUUAUUCCUUUCUUGCCUUAUACACCAGAUCUGAGAGAGCCAGCUUGCAUAGAUGAGUUCUAGGGUUUUUGUGAUUGUUGCUAAUCAAUUAUGUAUCUUCAUAAUCACCAAUAAUGGCGGUGGUUGUGAUUGUGGAUAAUCAAUUAUGCAUCCUCAUAAUCACCAAUAUAUGAUUUUACCAUCUUAUAUAACUUCUCUCCAAUCUGUACUUCUUUGCUACGUACAAGUCCUAUAUAUAUUAUCUCCACAAAACUGAAACUCAAUGGAAAAGGUUUGCUUCCUUUUGUCCAUUGCAUUGCUGAUACACUGUUGUUCUAGGGUUUGUUUGGCUAGGUCCAUCAAAAACCUGACUACUGAUCAAUCAACUCUUUUUGCCUUCAGAGCCCACAUCACUUCUGACCCUGAAGAUGAAUUGGCCAAAAAUUGGACCACCACAACUUCAGUUUGCAAUUGGAUUGGUGUGUCUUGUGGUCUCACCCACCAAAGGGUCACAACCUUGCACCUUUCUAACAUGGGUCUCAACGGCACCAUCACUUCACAUCUUGGAAAUCUCUCCUUCCUCGCAUUACUUGACAUCAGUUACAACAAUUUCGAUGGCUAUGUACCCAAAGAGAUUGGCAAACUUUCGAGACUGAAAGUACUAAACAUGGGUUUUAACAAGCUCCCAGGUUUCAUACCAUAUACCAUCUUCAACCUUUCUUCUUCGGAAGUAAUUGCUUUCACAAGCAAUAGCGUAUCUGGAAGCCUGCCACUAGACAUAUGUAGCCAUCUUCUUGAACUUGAAGUACUCUAUCUUUCUAAGAAUUGGCUUAACGGUGAAAUUCCAUCGAAUUUAUACAAAUGCUGGAAACUCAAAGGUUUAUCAUUGCCGCGCAAUGAAUUCAAUGGCAGCAUAUCCAGAGAAAUUGGAAACCUGACUAUGCUCAAGGAGUUGUAUCUUGGGGGAAACAGCUUGAAAGGUAAUAUUCCAUCGGAGAUAGGUAAUCUUCCACGUCUCGAAAGAUUGAGCAUUCAUAGUGGCUCUCUAGCAGGACCUAUUCCAUCUUCUAUCUUCAACAUUUCUUCUUUGAAAAUUAUUAAUUUCAUAAACAAUAGCCUGUCUGGAAACCUCCCGGUAAACAUCCAUUAUGACUUCCCCGUUCUUGAAGCGCUGUAUCUUUCUUCCAAUCUGCUCACCGAUGAAAUUCCGUCCAACUUAUGGGAAUGCAGAGGACUCCAAGAAUUAGCAUUGUCAGACAAUAUAUUCACAGGCAGUAUAUCUAAGAAUAUCGAAAACCUUACUUUCCUCAAAGCUCUAUAUCUGGAUGGUAACAGCCUAACAGGUACAUUACCUAAUGAGAUUGGUAACCUUAAUCUCGAAGGAUUUAGUAUACAUGAGAACAACCUAAGUGGCCUCAUUCCGUCGAAUAUCUUCAAUGUGACAACAAUGAAAGUCUUUGAUUUGAACGACAACCAAUUCUCAGGACAUCUUCCUUCAACCAUGGGAUUUUGGCUUCCCAAUCUUGAAGAGCUUUAUCUGGGAAGGAAUAGAUUCAGCGGAAUAAUCCAAGUGCUAUAUCCAACUGUUCUAAGCUUACCAUUCUAGAUGUGUCAGUCAACUCCUUCACUGGCUCUAUACCAAAUACACUUGGUAGUUUAAUACUCCUCCAACGGCUCUUAAUUGCUGAAAAUAAUUUGACAAGGGAAUUUUCUACUCCAAAAUUAAGAUUUUUCACUUCUUGGGCCAAUUGCAGACAUUUGGAAAUACUGAGCAUAGCAGGAAAUUAAUUUAAUGGCAUACUCCCGGAUUCAAUUGGGAAUUUGUCUACUUCUCUACGAAUUUUUGAAGCAUUUGGAAGCAAAAUCAAGGGCAGCAUCCCCAAUGGAAUCGGCAAUUUGAGCAGCCUGGAACUUAUAAGCCUAAAUAGCAACGAGUUGGUUGGACCUAUCCCGACGACAAUUGGAAGGUUACAGAAUCUUGAUCGCUUGUACCUUGAACACAAUAGACUACAAGGACCCAUCCCAGAUGAUCUCUGCAAGUUAACCAAGUUGUGAGACAUUUACGGCAGUUAACCAAGUUGGGAGACAUUUACGCAAGUAACAAUAAGCUUUCUGGACUGAUACCAACAUGCUUGGGAGACUUCAAGUCUCUAAGAAGACUCUACUUGGACUCCAACAACUUGACUUCAGUGAUACCUCCAAACUUGUGGAGCAACACACACACAUAUAUUACAUAAUUUCAUUGCCUUUAUAAAUUUGGUUUUAGUAAAUGUAUCUCAUUUACAUAAUUAUUCUUGAUUGAGUAAUGCAAGUGUCAACAUUGCCACAGGUA